GCCCUGCAGCGCAUGCGUGCGGGCUGCGCUUGCGCACUGACAGCCGCGGCGCGGCGCUGCUUGGUGGUGCCGGCCUCUGGACCGAGCGGCCAUGGGGUGGCGGGCGGCUGGGUCGCUGAGAGCCAGGUAGCAGUAGGGCAGCAGGGACCGCUGGCUCGGCCCAGCAUGUAGACGUCCACGCGGGCGCGCGGCAGCCGACGAGUCUUUAUGUGACAAUUGGCAUUUUGACAAACCAACCACUCUGCCCCAUAAUGACCUAACAAGGCACUGUGAGGAAGGCACCAGUGUUUUUCUCAUAUCAACUAUGGAAAUGGAACAAGAAAAGAUGAACCUGAGUAAGGAGCUGAGUCCUGACUCAGCCUCCUACAACUGCUCAGCAUGUCAUGGGGAUGAGACCUGGAGCUACAGUCACCCCAUCCGGGGCCGGGCCAAGUCUCGGAGCCUGUCAGCCUCACCUGCCCUGGGCAGCACCAAGGAGUUCAGGAGGACCCGCUCUCUCCAUGGGCCGUGCCCAGUGACAACAUUUGGACCAAAGGCCUGCGUGCUGCAGAACCCACAGACCAUCAUGCACAUCCAGGACCCUGCAAGUCAACGGUUGACAUGGAACAAGUCUCCCAAGAGUGUCCUUGUCAUCAAAAAGAUCCGAGAUGCCAGCUUACUACAGCCCUUCAAGGAGCUCUGCAUAUACCUCAUGGAGGAAAAUAACAUGAUCGUGUAUGUGGAAAAGAAAGUUCUGGAAGACCCUGCUAUAGUGAGUGAUGAAAACUUUGGACCAGUGAAGAAGAAGUUCUGCACUUUCCGUGAAGAUUAUGAUGACAUCUCCAACCAGAUAGACUUCAUCAUAUGCCUUGGAGGGGAUGGCACCUUGCUGUACGCCUCCUCACUUUUCCAGGGCAGUGUGCCUCCUGUUAUGGCCUUCCACCUUGGAUCCCUGGGCUUUCUGACCCCAUUCAACUUUGAGAACUUCCAAUCCCAAGUGAAUCAGGUGAUAGAGGGGAAUGCCGCUGUUAUCCUGAGGAGCCGGCUGAAGGUCAGGGUGGUGAAAGAGCCCAGAGACAAGAAGACAGCCAUCCACAACGGCCUCAGUGAGAAUGGUCUGGACACAGAGGGCGGAAAACAGGCUAUGCAAUACCAGGUCUUAAAUGAAGUAGUGAUCGACAGAGGCCCCUCCUCAUAUCUGUCCAACGUGGAUGUCUACCUGGAUGGACACCUUAUCACCACUGUGCAGGGCGAUGGAGUGAUCGUGUCCACCCCGACGGGCAGCACAGCAUAUGCAGCUGCAGCCGGGGCCUCCAUGGUCCACCCCAACGUGCCAGCCAUCAUGGUUACACCCAUCUGCCCCCACUCGCUGUCAUUCCGGCCUAUCGUGGUCCCUGCAGGGGUCGAGCUAAAGAUUAUGCUGUCACCGGAAGCCAGGAACACGGCAUGGGUGUCUUUUGAUGGACGGAAGAGACAGGAAAUCCGCCAUGGAGACAGCAUCAGCAUCACCACCUCCUGCUACCCACUGCCCUCCAUCUGUGUGUGUGACCCUGUGAGUGACUGGUUUGAGAGCCUUGCCCAGUGUCUGCACUGGAAUGUUCGAAAGAAGCAAGCUCAUUUUCCAGAAGAUGAAGAGGACCAGGAUGAGGAGGACAGCUAGACUACAUUUCCCAGCUUCCAACCUGAUUGGACCCUCAAACUCUUGGGGCCCUUAUUUCUCCUGCUGGCCUUCUGGCUGACCUGGCCUUGACAAACCACAUGGCUGUCCAGGCAUCUUAUGUCCUGCCUGCCUUGCUGGGAGAGCUUGGGUCUGCCUUUUGCAGAACAGAUCAGCUUUUUAAUGUUUUUAAACCUCUUUUUCAUUUAUAAAAAAGCAAAAUGAGAACUGGGCGGGGUGUCCUACAUCUCUCCCAUGGGCCCCCGCAUCCCCCUGAGAUUCCCAGGUCAGGAAUUCCCAUAAAUCAGUCUGUUGAAAUUCUGAGGGGGUCAGAAUGAAUUGAUCUUCCUUUUGAUACUGAAAUAAAUGUCUCAGCCAGAAAUCUUCUUUUACCUGCAGUGCUUUCCCCGGGGCCUGUACCUUUCCCCUGGCAGCUUUGCUGUGGGUUGGCAAGGCAAGCUUGCUUUUGUGUUUCUGGAGAUGGCUAAGUACCUCUGGGUCUGGCCCCAAGACCUCUGACUCCUUCCAGAGCAGACAGAGGUAACACUUGGCACAGCCAUCCAGCAACCUCACAUUCCUCACACAACAGGGCAGCAGAUCCUGGGGACAGUUUAAAUCCUGUA